CCAUCCUAAGAUGUCCUCGGAAGAAAUGAAAAACCUCCGCCUGGACGAACGGCACCUGCAGCCAGAAACCAAAGAAGUGAAUGGGAUCCUCAUGUCCAAGAUGAUAAGUGAUAACUGGGACAAAAUCUGGAACUUCCAAGCAAAGCCUGAUGACCUCCUCAUUGCGACCUAUGCAAAGGCAGGUACCACCUGGACACAGGAAAUUGUGGACAUGAUCCAAAAUGAUGGGGAUGUGCAAAAGUGCCAGCGGGCCAACACCUUUGACCGCCACCCUUUCCUCGAGUGGACUUUGCCUCCACCCCUCAACUCAGGUCUGGAUCUGGCUAACAAAAUGCCUUCACCUCGAACCCUGAAGACUCAUCUGCCUGUUCAGAUGCUGCCACCUUCCUUCUGGAAAGAAAACUCAAAGAUUAUCUAUGUGGCCAGAAAUGCCAAGGACUGCCUGGUAUCUUACUACCAUUUCUCAAGAAUGAAUAAAAUGCUGCCUGACCCUGGGACAUGGGAAGAAUAUGUUGAAACAUUCAAAGCUGGAAACGUGUUGUGGGGCUCCUGGUAUGACCAUGUAAAGGGAUGGUGGGAUGUGAAAGACCAACACCGCAUUCUCUACCUCUUCUAUGAAGACAUGAAAGAGGACCCGAAGAGGGAAAUUGAGAAGAUAGUAAAAUUCCUUGAAAAAGACAUAUCAGAGGAAGUUCUAAAUAAAAUCAUCCAUCAUACCUCCUUUGAUGUAAUGAAGCAAAACCCAAUGGCCAACUAUACCACUCUACCCACCAGCAUCAUGGACCACUCUAUCUCUCCUUUCAUGAGAAAAGGGAUGCCUGGAGACUGGAAGAACUACUUUACUGUGGCACAAAGUGAGGAUUUUGAUGAAGACUACCGGAAGAAGAUGGCAGGGAGCACUAUUACUUUCCGUACAGAGAUCUGAGAGCAAUGGAGUUGGGGGAGGGGACUAGAUUUUCUGACUAUUUUUUUAGUCAUUUAAGCCUCAUGUUAAAAUAUAUUUAACACCUGUUCCUGAGUUGUUGCCCAAUUCUGUAGGUCCUAUCAUACUAUUUCAUCAAAACGUAGCCAAACCCAGUACAGAACAAUUUCUGUUACAGCAUGUGAUUAUUCUUAGUGACACCUACCACACAACCGU